AUGGACUCGCGCGCCGAGUCGCUCGCCUUCUCCGACGCAGAAGACGACGACGCGCUGUCCUCGCACUCGUCCUCCGCGCCUCUCGCGCCCUUCACCAUCCACAACCCCCGCCCCGACCUCCCGCCCGCUCUUCCCGCCCUCGUCCUGCGCAAACUCGUAGCUGCCGAGCUGCUGAGUACAGGCUUCGAAGGAGCAGACGAAGAGGCGCUGGAGGAAGUCGAAGGCGCGCUGUAUAGCUUUUUUGGCUCGUUGCUCAGUUAUGCGCAUCAGCUUGCCGAGCUCGGAAGGAGGCAUGUCCCGACUGUUGCGGAUGUCGUGAAAGGGUGCGAGGACUUGGGUGUCGGAGGGACGAGGGAGUUGUUGGCGGAGGCGCGGAGGGGGAGACCAGCUCUUGCAGAAGACGUCCAGAUCACCUACAAAGGCCCUCGAGCACCCGUCGACCUUGGCCCGCUCCUCCCCUCAGACGACGAAGACGACGACCCCUACGACCCCUCCAAAGACCCUUCACUCGCCUCCCCUCCGCCUUCUCCUCCCUUGCCGCCUUUCUCGGACGACGACGACGAUUCCGACGCCGAGUUUGAGGAAAUCGGGCCUGCUGGUGGUGGUGAUGAAGCGGAGGCGAAGGCUAGGAAGGAGGCUGCUGAGGCGAAGAAGCGAGCGAAGAGGGAGAAGCGGGAACGGCUGUUGAGGGAGAAGGAUGAGCGACGGAAAGAGCGGGAACGGAGGAGGCGCGAGAGGCAGAGAAGGCGCGAAGCGAACCCGAUGAAGGCCGAGUGGCUGCCUGCGUUACCGCCAAAGCAUAGCUGGAAGCAGACUCCCGUCUACCCCGAAUCAGCCGCGCCUCCACCGAUCCCUCCCCCCAUAUCGCAGACGCAGCAAGCACCCUCAGCCGCAGCGCUCCAGCACCUCUCGACUCUGCGAGCGCGGCUGAACGACUCGCAACUCGUCGCCGCCUCGCUUCGCAACCUCAUCCGACGGACGGCUGCCCGCUCACUCAAUGCCGGCAAGGAUGGCAAUGCGGCUCCAGGUCCGGACGGCGCACAGAUGGACGUCGAGAACCAGCCUCAACAGCAGCAGGAGGCCGACAUCGUCAAUUACGAGAGCGAGUGGUACGGUGCGAAGGAUGCCGCUAGUGCAGUCGGCGCCAAUGCGAAACGGAGGAUCCGCGUCUUGACGGUCGGGAAGGGGCAGGACGAGUUUGAUGAGGAUGAAGAGGCGGAACGAACGGGGAGGAAGGGGCAGAACGGCGACUGGAACGACGCGAGCAGGGUCGGAGGAGCGGCAAAGCGAAGACGAUGGCUCGUGUAG